AUGGUGGUGCUGGGUGUGGGCUACAAUGGGGAUACAUGGGUCAUGGGUCCAGAGGGAGUAAUGAUGAGGAAAGGUAAUGGAGGCGCCGGUUGGAAUGGAGCUAGGGCUAAGGUAAAAAAUGGGAAGAAAGGGAGAGUGGCUGGAAAAUUAGAAAGGAAAAAGAAACCAGAGAAGAGCUCCCCCCUCAAUGUGUCAUCCCCCUCCAUUUAA